UUACAUCUGCUCUCUCUGAACCCCAAAUCUCUGGAACUCUGUCCCAGAUUACCGGAGAAGCACCUCUCAAAGUGAAAACUCAGCUAUGGUUUGGUUCAAGAAUCUAAUUCUAAACCCCUUACUGAAAUCAUCAUCAUUAUCAUCAUCUUCUUCUUCUUCACUUCACAAAGUCAAACCCACGUUUUCCACGUCGACCUACUCAAUACUCACGUGUCUGUCACGUUACACUACGGACGUUUCAUCCGCAUCAUCACUGUCACCACAAGUUGUGCAGGGAUCCGGGCUGGGGCCCACGAAGGCCGGGGAGAAGCCGAGAGUGGUGGUGCUGGGGUCGGGAUGGGCGGGGUGCCGGUUAAUGAAGGAUUUGGACACGAGUAUUUACGAUGUUGUCUGCGUGUCUCCGAGGAAUCACAUGGUUUUUACUCCGCUUUUGGCGUCCACGUGUGUUGGGACUCUGGAAUUCAGGUCAGUGGCUGAACCCAUUGGCCGGAUUCAGCCAGCUAUUUCGAGGGAACCGGGCUCUUACUUUUUUCUUGCUAAUUGUACUGGGAUUGAUGCUGAUAAACAUUUGGUGAAUUGUGAAACUGUCACUGAUGGAUUAGACACAUUGCAUCCUUGGAAUUUUAAAAUUUCAUAUGACAAGUUGGUAAUUGCAUUGGGAGCAGAAGCCUCCACCUUUGGAAUUCAUGGUGUGAAAGAGAAUGCAAUUUUUCUUCGUGAAGUUCAUCAUGCUCAGGAGAUUCGAAGGAAGCUACUCCUUAACUUGAUGCUGUCCGAUAUGCCUGGGAUAACUGAAGAAGAGAAGUGCAGACUCCUACAUUGUGUCGUUGUAGGAGGUGGACCCACAGGAGUCGAGUUCAGUGGUGAACUUAGUGAUUUCAUAAUCAGAGAUGUUCAUCAAACAUACGCCCACGUGAAAGAUUAUAUUCAUGUUACUUUAAUCGAGGCAAAUGAGAUAUUAUCUUCAUUUGAUGAUCGACUUCGUCGCUAUGCAACUAAGCAGUUGCAAAAGUCAGGAGUUCAUCUUGUGCGUGGGGUUGUCAAGGAUGUUCAAUCUCAGAAACUAAUUCUUAAUGAUGGCACAGAGGUCCCAUACGGGUUGUUAGUAUGGUCAACAGGUGUUGGCCCCUCACCUCUUGUAAAGUCUCUAGACCUUCAAAAAUCACCUGGUGGCAGGGUUGGUGUUAAUGAGUGGAUGCAAAUUCCUUCUGUCCAAGAUGUGUUUGCAAUUGGUGACUGCAGUGGGUAUCUUGAUAGUACUGGUAAAUCUGUCCUUCCAGCUUUGGCCCAGGUUGCAGAGCGGCAAGGUAAAUAUCUUGCUAGUCUAUUGAACAAAAUUGGUAAAGCCGGUGGUGGACAUGCAAACAGUGCAAAGGACAUGGAUUUUGGAGACCCAUUUGUGUACAAGCAUCUGGGAAGCAUGGCAACACUUGGCCGACACAAGGCUCUUGUGGACCUAAGACAAAGCAAGGAAUCAAAAGGUAUAUCCAUGGCAGGAUUUUUCAGUUGGAUAAUCUGGCGCUCGGCAUACCUAACCCGUGUCGUUAGCUGGAGGAACAGAUUCUAUGUAGCAGUCAACUGGGCUACAACUAUUGUGUUUGGUCGUGAUAUAAGCAGAAUAUAGAUUUGAAGAGUGGUUUGGGGCAUUCCUGUAAGUAUGUGAUGAAGGAAUGGAUUUUGGUAUUUGGCUUCAAGACCUCCACAUCCCUUUUAUUCUGGUCUGAUCCCUUGAUUCAAGAAGGAAGAAAUAAAGGGUAACCUGAUCAGACAAUGCAGUUUAUUUAAUUCUUCCCAGUUCCGACAUACUAUGUGCAGAUUUGUUACUUCAUUUGGCCAUUGUUAAUUAUAAGUUUCAGAACACCGACUAUCAAUGUUAAUUGUUAUACAUUGAAUUAAUACUUUGUAAGCUUCUGUUUACAACUUUGACAAAAACUUUGUAAACUGCUGAACGUUAAAUUAAUGUUAAAAUACUAACAGUUCCCUCCAAGUAGAAGAUCAUUGAAAUAGUAGAAACCUUGGAACUCCCAAUUGUUAAAAUCAAGCAUACAGAAGCUUG